AUGAAUGGGCAAGCCAUAGCCUGGACGAUUAUCGGAGCCGCAACGAUUCUGGGUGCAGGAGCCAUGUGGGUGACUUUCUCCCGCCAUCAGGUCAGUGGUCUUAUGCGCACGUCGAUCGUGGCGCUUCUAGUUGCGUUUUUUUUAGUGCCCGCGCCGGUGCCGAACUAUGAAUCGGAGUUAGCUCCUGCCUUUAUCGUAUUGAUAUUUGAGACAUUUUUUCAAACCGAAGGGCACCCUCAAGGCAGUAUACGUAAUCUGCUGGUCGGUUUACUGAUAGCGCUGAGCCUUUCUUUUUUAGCGCAUUAUCUGUUCCGGCGAUUUGCGCCUGGCGAUGCAGACCCGCAGCCUGAUGGGUCCGUGCGACAUCUGAACGUCUUCACAUUUUAUAUCAGCCUGUGGUUGCUGGCUUUUGGCACAGUUGCCCAUGCGGCACCCGUUGACCUGCGCUUGGUGGUUGAUGUCAGUCAGGCAACCCAUGACGCAGACCGCUCCAAUGCCCGGCGCACAGCGCUGGAGUAUUUUAUCCGUAACCUUCCAGACGACGCUUACGCCGGUGUCUGGAGUUACGCGCGGUAUGUUCGGCAAGUGGCCAAACUCGAGAUCAGUGAUGGAUUGUGGAAGCAGGUGGCCAGUAUCCAUGCCGCGAGCCUGCAACCUGAAGGUGGUCGGGCAAGGCUUGAAGAGGCGCUGCUUGCAGCUACAAAAUUACCCAUUCGACAUGACAACAGUCAGCCUGCACACAUGAUCCUUAUGGCCAGCGGUUUGCUUAACAGCGGUUCGGGAGAAGCAGCCGAUACCCAAGCCCGCCAGCGUCUCUUGACGCAGUGGUUGCCUCAACAGCAGGCGCAACAUCGGAAAAUACAUACCAUAGCCAUCGGGCCGCCUGAACUCAGUGACCAUCUGCUGCUGCGGCAGCUUUCUGAAUCUACCGGUGGGCUGCACGUCGUGGCUGGGAGCGCCUCCACGCUGCGUGAUGCACUGGUUGAUGUCUUGUCCCAUGUCGAGCCACAACCGCUGGUACAGGCCGAUGAAGGCGGACGAUUUCAGGUGGCGCCGGGCGCUACGAGGCUCACGGUAACCUGGUUUGGUGAACCGGAAUUGUCAGCGGAUCCGAGCAUACAGCUACCAGAUGGUCAGACUUAUAGCCGAAAGACUGCGUUCAAUGGUGGUCGCUGGUUGAUCGAUCAGGGCUUCGAAAUGCUGACAAUCGAAGAUCCGGCGCCGGGUUGGUGGAAAUUGCAGGGCAAAACCCCGGAUAAACUGGCUGUAUUUGGCGAGAUUGAUGUGCGGAUUGAUGGCGUCGGCGCAACGGUUGUGCCCACUGACGAAAGUCGCGCAACUAUCACCCUGUUUGAUGCUGGGGAGCGUAUAUCGCUGCCGAGUUUUUUGGAUCUGCUGGAAGUAAGCGCCUGGGUGCAUUCGGGAACUGAGCGAAGUCCAUUGCCUGUUGAGCGGGUUGAGUCAGAAUACAUCGCGCAUUUUGUGACGCUAGAUGAUGGCUUUCACGAGCUCGAGGUUGAAAUCGUUGCGCCAACCUUCAAACGACAGUUUUUUACGCCCUUUACAGUGGCGAACCCGAUGUUGGUUGAUAUCCUUGCUGAUGAAAAAGGUCAGCCGAUUGCCUGGUUUCAGUUUUCCCACCCGAAAGUAGAUUACGCAACGCUGAAAGCCACAGGGAUGGUGCGUAAACCGCCCCAAAUUGCCUCGCUUAUACCCGGUCAGGCCCUUCCUGCGGGCGUCUGGCGGAUUCCCUUGGAUCAGAACGACGGUAUUGUUGAGGUGUCAUUUUCCGCAGCGGGUAAUUACCUCGAUGGCAGCGGUCUAUUUAUCAAAACCAAACCACAUGCCAUCAGUUUACCGCUGAUACCUGGCGAACGGCUGCGGUUGCGUUACGAUGCCCAGGGCAGAAUGAUUGAAUUGCCAAUUGAUCCCCCAUUGUCACCUGUUGAAGCCCCUGUAUCGGAGGCUUCAGCCGUGGUCGCCGCGCAAGUCAGUGUCCCGGCUGCGGAAUUAGAGCCAACUGCUCAGACUGACCCUGAACUACCCCUUAUCCCACUGUGGUUUGUGGCCUUGAUCAGCCUGUUGAACUUUGUUUUGGCCGGCGGCAUCUGGUGGCUGAACAAACCCAAACCGCUCGAGCUGGCCAUCGGCGAACCCGGCACCGGGAAAACCAUGUUAGCGGAGCAGGUUGCAGAGUCGCUGAAAAUGCCCCUCAUAGAAUGGCAUAUCAAGUCGUCGACCAAGGCGAUCAACGGCCUCUACGAAUACGACGCGGUGUCACGCCUGCGCGACUCACAGCUGGGUGACGAGCGUGUUAAAGACAUCCGUAACUACAUCAAGAAAGGUAAAUUGUGGGAAGCGUUUGAAGCGGAAGAACGUGUCGUCCUUCUGAUUGACGAAAUCGACAAGGCUGAUAUCGAAUUCCCGAACGACCUGCUGCAGGAAAUUGAUCGUAUGGAAUUUUUUGUCUACGAAUUAGGUGAGACAAUCAAAGCCAAGCAGCGACCCAUCGUCAUCAUUACCUCGAACAAUGAGAAAGAGCUGCCAGAUGCGUUUUUACGUCGCUGCUUUUUCCACUAUAUCAACUUCCCCGAUCGCGAAACCAUGCAGCAGAUUGUUGAUGUGCACUUUCCUGCGCUGAAAGGCGAUCUGGUGAAAGAAGCCAUGGAGAUCUUCUUCGAUGUGCGCAAAGUGCCGGGACUGAAGAAAAAACCUUCAACCUCCGAACUUAUCGACUGGCUGAAGUUGCUCAUGGCUGACGAUAUUCCUGAUGAAAUUCUGACCAACCGCGAUGCCAGCAAGGCGAUUCCACCUUUAUACGGCGCGCUGGUUAAAAACGAACAGGAUGUUCAUCUCCUGGAACGUCUGGCAUUCAUGAAGUACAAAGUUCCGGUCACCAUCCGCGAACUGUUGGACUUGUUGAAUGGUCUGAAACAUCAGUUGGUGUAUGCCAACGUUGACGACUUUUAUCUGCUUAGUCGCACCGCAUUAGUCAAAGACGAGAAGAACUACGACAAGUUUGACCGAGCCUUCAGCGCCUAUUUCAAGGGCUUGGAAGAUCUGCAUGGAUUGCUUGAGUCGCUGAUUCCAGACGAAUGGCUGCGACGCGAAUUCGAACAGUCUUUAACCAAGGAAGAGCUUGAGCAGAUUGAGUCGCUCGGUGGCCUGGAGAAAUUGAUCGAGGCUUUCAAAGAAGCUAAGGAAGCCGCGGAGAAGGAAGCUCAACAAGGCAAAGACGGCGAAGAAGGUGAAGAGGGUGAUGCCGACAAAGAGGGUAAGAACGGCCCUGGUGGCAAAGGCAGAGGCAAAAAGAAGAAAGCUAAGAAAGUCUGGGACGAUCGCCAGUACAAAAAUCUGGAUGACUCCGUAGAACUGGGCACACGUAACAUCAAAAUGGCUUUACGGCGGUUGCGAAAAUUUGCCCGCUCAGGCACCGACGAAGAACUGGACAUGUCCGGCACCAUUAAAUCUACCGCUCAUAACGGUGGCAUGUUGGACAUCAAGAUGCAGCCGUUGCGUAAGAACACAGUAAAAGUACUGCUGUUUCUGGAUAUCGGCGGUUCAAUGGAUGCCCACGUUAAAAUCUGUGAAGAACUUUUUUCGGCAACGAGAACUGAGUUCAAGCACAUCGAAAGUUUCUACUUUCAUAAUUUUAUUUAUGAAUCGGUAUGGAAAGAUAACCGUCGUCGCAUGAGUGAGCGCAUUCCCACAUGGGAAGUGCUUAACAAGUAUUCGCACGACUACAAGGUGGUUUUUGUAGGUGACGCCACUAUGGCCCCGUAUGAAAUUACCCAUGCAGGCGGUAGCGUUGAGCAUUGGAAUGAAGAACCUGGCGCCGCAUGGAUGGAGCGCCUGGGCAACAUCUAUGACAAGCUCAUCUGGUUGAAUCCUACACCACAGGAAACCUGGGAGUACUCCUCCUCUGUGACCAUGACCCAGAACCUGGUCGACGGAAAAAUGUUCCCUUUGACGGUUCGUGGGCUCGAAGAGGGUAUGAGCGAACUGUCUAAGUAG